AUGGUGCAGAUGACAUCCAGAAGCAGCAGUAGCACCAGUAGACGUUGUAGCAGUCAUUGCACCUGCGACAGCAGUAAUGACAGUCCCAGUCCAGACAGCACCCAGCGGAUCCCAUUCGGACAACUCUACCGUUCCAAGCGUGUUUUAACUUCCACGUUUGGCGAGAACGAGGAAAAGAUGACGACAGUGUUUGCCGAGCUCCGCCACAUGCGCCCAAAGCUUAAACUGGGCUUGCUGGAGUAG